UGUCAUUGGGAGGGCGCAAGACAACAAUCAAAAACUAUAUAAUUGAUAAUACCUUAGUUACGUAUUCUUCUCUUAUCAACUUUCACUUAUCAAAUCGUAAACAAUUACCAAAGUCGAUAUCUAUCCCGUAUUUAAAGACCUAUCAUGAAUUUUGACGAAGAUGUACCCCCAGAGCUUGUCGUGGCCGAGACAGGCGCGCAAGACGAGAAACUUGUCAAGGUGCCCAUCACCAUCGUCACUGGAUACCUUGGGGCCGGAAAAACGACUCUGCUCAACUACAUAUUAACUGCCCGGCAUGGCAAGAGAAUUGCCGUCAUCAUGAACGAGUUCGGUGAUUCACUCGAUAUUGAGAAAUCAUUGACGGUCAAUAAGGGCGGCGAGCAAGUCGAAGAAUGGCUCGACGUCGGCAACGGCUGCAUCUGUUGCUCGGUGAAGGAUUCCGGAGUCAAUGCUAUUGAGUCACUUAUGGAGAAGAAGGGUGCCUUUGAUUACAUUCUUUUGGAAACUACUGGACUGGCCGAUCCUGGUAACUUAGCCCCCUUAUUUUGGGUCGAUGACGGUUUGGGAAGCACCAUCUACCUGGAUGGGAUCGUCACACUGGUCGAUGCGAAGAACAUUCUUCGAAGCCUGGAUGACUUAUCGGGAAAAGUCGAGGGCCACGAAGACCAUGAUGGUCAUGGACCCAUCAUGACGACCGCCCACGUCCAAAUUUCCCAUGCAGAUGUCAUCGUCAUUAAUAAGUCAGAUCUGGUUGAACCUGCGGAGCUUAAUAAUGUCAAAGAGCGAAUACAGGCGAUUAAUGGCCUUGCAAAGAUCCAUAUAACGAAUCAAAGCGUUGUGCCUCAACUGGAUGGCUUCUUACUAGACUUGCAUGCAUACGACCAAGUCGAGGCUCUGGAUACUGCAGGAAAGGGACACAGCCAUCUUGACCCUACUAUUUCCACGGUUUCUACCGAUGUGCCGCUUUUGGCCCCUGGGCAGCUUGAGCUAGUUGAUAGCUGGAUAAGAUCGCUCCUAUGGGAAAGCCAAGUGCCAGGAGAACCGACUGACUCGGCUGAGCCCAUCGAAAUCCACCGCCUAAAAUCCCGCUUAGUUUUUAAGGACGGCAGCGUGAAAAUGGUGCAGGGUGUUAGGGAGGUGUUUGAAAUUUUCGAUGGAGAACAAGCGCCUAAUGAAGAUGGCGUAGCUCCGCAAGCUGGGAAGAUUGUCCUUAUUGGAAGGGGUGUGCAAGGGAUCAACUUUGAGAGAAGCCUGCUGAAUAUACUCCAAGAUAUAGGGAGCGAGAAUAUCAUUACCAACCAUGUGUGAAAGCAUUAAGCUUCACGGCGUUGGUUCGUAGGAGAAACCAGAAUCUCGUCAAAUUCAAGCUUCUACAUGUUGUCCUGAUAACAUGUACCGAUCCGUCGGGAUUAGAUGGCACUACCUAAGUCCGAAGCCCACGUCCCCAGGUAUAUCAUGAGUGUUUCCAUUCUCUAUGUAUGUUUCUAGCUUGAUAAUCACAAGUUUGUCGGGUAUCAAAUUAGUUAUACGGAUUAAAGUAAAGUUAGAUUAUCCUGG